GUGUUCCAGGGUCUGUUGAGAGCUCACAAAGAUUUCCACGACACAAAGCAAGCCAUGACCAGGCUCUGGAUCCAUGAAUGCUUCAGGGUGUUUUCUGACCGUCUUGUGGAUGAUCGGGAUAGCGAGGCAUUUGUGGGCAUUCUGACGGACAAACUGGGCACAUCAUUUGACCAGACCUAUCACAACAUCUGCCCCAACAAACAACCCCCCAUCUUCGGUGACUACAUGGGGCAAGACCUGGUGUAUGAAGAUAUUAACAAGAUAGAGGUGCUGAAAACCAGGAUGCUGGAAUACCUGCAGGAGUACAACAACACCCCUGGCGUGGUGCACAUGGACCUCGUCCUCUUCAAGGAUGCCAUUGAACAUGUGUCUAAGGUGAUCCGUGUGAUCCGUCAGCCUCGGGGUAACAUGUUGCUGAUUGGUAUAGGGGGCAGCGGCAGAACCAGCCUGUCCCGCUUAGCCUCCUUCAUCUGCGAGUACACGACCUUUCAGGUGGAGAUCACCAAGCAUUACAGGAAGCAGGAGUUCAGGGAUGACCUGAAGAAGCUGUAUUACCAGGCAGGUGUGGAGAACAAGCCCACAGUGUUCCUGUUUAACGACACCCAGGUUGUAGAGGAAGGCUUCCUGGAGGAUAUCAACAACAUCCUGAGCAGCGGCGAGGUCCCUAACCUCUACAAGAGCGAUGAGUUUGAGGAGGUACGUAAUGCUCUGAGUGAUGAGGCACGCAAAAACGGCAUUGACGAAUCACCUCAGAGCAUCUUCACCUACCUGAUAGAGCGUGUGCGAGCAAACCUCCACGUGGUGCUGUGCAUGAGUCCUGUAGGCGAACCCUUCAGAAACCGUAUCCGUAUGUACCCAGCAUUUGUGAACUGCACCACUAUAGACUGGUUUACAGAGUGGCCGCUGGACGCUCUUCUGGAGGUUGCUGACAAAUACCUGGCUGAUGUCACAUUUGGUGGAGAGGAACAGGACAAAGUCAAGCCAAGUCUGGCUAAGAUUUUUGCAAUCAUGCACAAGUCUGUUGUGGAUUUCUCCCAGAGGAUGCUUCUAGAGAUGAGACGACAUAACUAUGUUACUCCCACAAACUAUCUGGAGCUCGUCACAGGCUAUAAAAAACUGUUGAAUGCCAAGAAGAAGGAGCUUGGAGACGCAGCCAACAAGCUGAAGAACGGCCUGAGUAAGAUCGAUGACACGCGGGAGAAGGUGGAGAAGAUGUCUGUGGAACUGGAGGACGCUAAAGGCAAGGUGGCUCAGUUCCAGAAGCAGUGUGAAGAGUACCUGGUGGUGAUCGUACAGCAGAAGAGAGAGGCAGAUGAACAACAGAAGUCGGUUGCUCAGAAGAGGGAAAGGAUAUCAGAGGAGGAGAGCAAAUGUCAGCACAUGGCUGAUCUGGCUCAGUCUGACCUUAAUGAGGCUCUGCCCGCCCUAGAGGAGGCCGUGAAGGCUUUGGAAUCACUGAACAAGAAGGACAUGACAGAGAUCCGGUCGUACGGCCGUCCCCCAGCCCUGGUAGAGAAGGUCAUGGACGCUGUGAUGAUCCUGAGGGGCAACGAGCCCACCUGGGCAGAGGCCAAGAGACAGCUAGGUGACCAAAACUUCAUCAAGCAGCUGAUGAACUUUGACAAGGACAACAUCUCAGACCGAGUGCUCAAGAAGAUUGGUCAGUACUGUGCCCAGUCUGACUUCCAGCCCGAGAUCAUCGGCCGUGUUUCCCUGGCCGCUAAGUCGCUCUGCAUGUGGGUGAGAGCCAUGGAGGUGUACGGGAGGAUCUACAGGGUUGUGGAGCCUAAGAGACAGAGGCUGAACGCAGCCACGAGUCAGCUCAAGGAGAAGCAGGACGCCCUCAAUGAGGCCAAGGCCAAGCUGGCUGAGGUCGAGGCAAAGAUGACUGAGCUGAAAGUUCAGUACGAUGAGAAACUGGCUCAGAAGGAGGACCUGAAGAAGAAAGCUGAACACACGGAAAUGAUGCUGACGAGAGCGAGGAAGCUCGUGUCCGGUCUGGCAGGGGAAAGAGUUCGCUGGGAGGAAACUGUCCAGGACCUGGAGGAGAGGAUGGGAUACCUGGUGGGUGAUUGUUUGAUCGCCGCAGCUUUCCUUUCCUACAUGGGACCCUUCCUGUCCAACUACAGGGAUGAAAUUGUGCAGCACAGGUGGAUGAAAGAGGUUCGUGCACUGGGUGUUCCGUGUGCACCAAACUUCAAUUUCUGUGAGUUCAUGGCUAAGCCCACUCAGGUGCGAGACUGGAACAUCCAGGGUCUGCCCAGUGACAGCUUUUCCACAGAGAACGGCGUGAUCGUCACCACUGGUAACCGCUGGCCACUGAUGAUUGACCCUCAGGGGCAAGCCAUUAAGUGGAUCAAGAACAUGGAGUAUACCAAGGGCCUGAAGGUGAUAGAUCUGCAGCAGUCCUGUCUGUGUCUCUAA